AUGACGAUCAAAAAUUAUUGGGAUCUGCCAAAGGUGAAGAAAACACUUAAAACAGAUGAGGCUUUCAUACUUUCAUUAUUAAGUACAUGUUUAGGAAAGGAAUAUAGAAGUGAGACGUGUUCCGUAGAGGAUUACCAACUUGGAAAGGAAGCCUUUUCAUUAUUUUUCAAAUUUCAUGAACAGUUAGAUUAUGCUGACAAAUGUUGGGCCUCAAUAUUAGAUUUGUGCGUUAUGAGCUUGAACGAGUUUGUAAAAGUAGAGGAUUAUGAGGAGGUUUUGAAAAAGAUUUUGGAGGUCAAAUAUACUUUCAGUAUUGAUCUCUCAUUGGUUGAAUAUAUAUUUUUCCAAACUGAUUGCUGUACGAACGGUCUUCUGCCAUUAAUAACACAAAUACUUGAAAAAAAUAGAAUGGAGGGCUCCUUUACAAAUUACAUGAUGUAUCAGAGUAUAUAUGAUAUGACUGAUGAGCUGAAACUUGCUAAACAAGUUGCUGACUAUUUUACAUAUUUGGAAAAGUUCAGAACUCGUGAACAAAUAAUGCAAAGUCACCUUAAUGAUUUUAUUAUUUCAUCAAUGGGAAGAUUGCCAGAUACUUAUAUUGAUGAGCUCUUGAAGCUAUAUCCUAUUGAUCUUAAUUCAGUUUCAUUCUCCGAUUGUGCACGAUUUCAAGUUACUGAAAAGAUCCUAGAGAUUGCCAAUAGAAGAGGAAUUUAUUAUCCUCUAGAGACUGUAGAGAAAGCCAUUGUCGACAUAUAUUACACUCGCUCUUCCUAUAAUACCAUCAAAUACAUUAUGGAGCACUAUAAUUUGGAUAUUUACGAGAUUGAGAAAAGAACCAAAUUUUUCUCUAGAUUUUUAGGAUCGCUCUUAAGAUAUGAUAUCAAUACUGAACAAUUGAAAUCAAAUAUUGAAACAAUAUUCCCAAACUCACCAAUAGAAUGGAAAAAAUUGGCAAGCAUACAUGAUGGAAUUAAUGAAAUUACUGAAAGAAUCAUUAGUCUUGUUCAAACUUGUUGUGAGAGACCGUCAGGUGAAGAGUUACUUUAUUUAAGGGAGUGUUUUACACCAAAUAUUUUUGAUCUGAAUGUCAUGGUACGAUCACUGUCCAAUGCAACACCUGCAUGUUCCCUCACUCUCUAUAAUCUUACCAUGUAUUCUGAAGAUGAGAAACUCUCUGACCAUAUGGAUAGAAUGCUUAAUGAGCAAGAUUUUUCACAUUUUACAGGUAUUGAUUUUGCAAAUUACGGUCCAUCAGAUCCUAGAUAUUUAGUAGCAGUUUAUCGAUUUGUCCACCAAUAA